GAGUGCAGGGGCUGCCAGGCACAGAUUGGUGUUGCGUUGGGGUGCCCAGUUGCAGGGGGGUCUCUUGGUGGCUCAAUCCCUGGGGCGGUGAUGCUCAGUGAUCCCAAGCCCAGUGCCAUCGUGUGGCAGUGCUGGACUGUGCCACAUGCUCUCUGGCACUGCUCUGGACAUGGGGCUCCGGGUGGGUCCUGAGGGGCUGCUUUGCUGGAGGCACCCACAGUUCAUGCAUGUGUCCUUGCCUCUUUGCCUGGCUGCUGUUCUGUGCCUCUCCUGCCUUUUUGUGCCAAAAUGCAGCCAGGUGGGCUGAAACCAACCAGAGGAAACAGAGCCAGGGAUGAGAUUGGGUCACAAAUCCCCGUGCACCCAGUUCACCGUAUUCCCACCACCCUGGGGAUGCAUUCCAGACCAGGACUGGGUCCUAUGGUGAGCGUGGAGAUGGGGAACAGCUCCUGUGAGCGAUAGGCUGCGACCUGACAUACGGAGCGGAUUUAGUAGAGGAAAGAGGCUUAGGGAGAGGAUUGGGGUUGCACUGGGCUUUGUUGGGGGGGGCACUGCUGGGCUGUGGACGCGUCCAAGGGCUGAUGGCUGCACAGAGAGGAGGAGAUGCACCGGGGCAGAACCAAACCAUGAUGCUGGGCUCCAGUGGCACCGAGCCCCCGGCACAGGGGCACCCAGUGAGCCGGCCUCGCCGCCCACCCCCACCACGGGUGUCAGCAUCGCUCCGUACCAGCCCUCUUAGAUGUCCCAGCGAGCCAUGCCAGGUGCCAGCAGCAAGGAAGGCAGAACACGCAUCGGUAUGGGGACACCGCGCUGGGAUUCGGAGGGGACAUGAGGCAGCACAACGGGGAAGUGGGGCAGCAGCAUCCUGCAGGUGUCCCUAUGUGUGUGUGUGUGUGUGUGUGCGCGCGUGGCUGCACUGGAGCAGCCAGCCUGCUGAGUGUUGUCACUGCCAUUUGGGGCCACCCCCGGGGCCCCGCCAGGGCUGAGCAAACCAGCUCGGAGCACAGCCACUUGUGCCACUGCUGGAGUCGGUGACAUCACUUCCAGGCGACACCGCUGUCAGGAAGGAGGCAGGCAGGGUGGUGAGCCCCAGCCCUGAUGUGACAGUGAGCGGGGUGAUGUGCUGUGCUGGAGGUGAGUGGGGAACCCCUGCCUCAGAGCUCCGCAGGGAGAUGGAGUGGGUGUGGGGGAUGCUGCUGCCUUGCUCCUUGGGGACAUCAAGAGGGAUGUGGGGACAAGGGUGACGCUGGCUUGCCUGGAGUGAUGGGGAAGUCUGGUGUCCUGCGGUGGGGAGGACACUUUGUGGUCAGUGUGACUGUCGCUGCCACAGGUAGCUUAGUGACCGUGGUUUUGGUGGGAACCCCCUGGGGUGAUGCUGUGCACCUGCUCCAGAUUGCUCUUGCUUUGGGAGUUUGGUCUGUGGGUGCUGGGUUUGGGUUUCGGUUCACAACCCACAAUUGGGGUUUGGUUCCCAACGCUGCAUUUAAGGGUUCGUGCCAUGCACAUAGCCUGGCCCGGCUGUGUCGAGUGACCCUGGGUUGUGGGGACAGCGCACAGACCCUGCAGCAUUGCUCCACCAGCACUGGGUGAAAGUUCUUCUGGUGGGGGGUGUACGGGCGGUGUGGCUGGGGCCAGCAGGAAGGUGGCAUAGCACGUGCAUCAGUCACAGCGGUGACGCCGGCGGGGCCGCGCGCGGAGGUGGCUGUUGCUCCCACGCCCCGCGCCCGCGGGCUCAGCUUGGUGCUGAGCUCACCUCUGUGGUAUGGCAGGAGGGGCCGCCGAGAGGCCAAUGCCCCACUGGGUAUAGGGUGUGCUGGGGGGGUGGGGGCAGGAUGGGCUUGUGCCCCCUGCACUGGGACCGUGGGGUCAUCUUGCAGCUUAGCUGGGGCUGCGGGUGAAUGGGGGGAGGGGGGAGGGGGCAAAAGGAUGGGAAGGGAGAAGCUGUGGGGGGGUCACUGGGGGAAGAGGUUUCUAGGGGACAAAAUGGGAUGUAGAAUGGGGUGUCAUGCCCUAUGGCAUUGGCACCAGGAGAUGGGGUGGGGCGUUGUGCCGUGCAGUGGUGGCAGCGAGAGCCCUUUGGUCCUUGGGGCUGUAUGAUGCCCCAAGUACAGACAGGUGUAGGGGGGCUGCAGAGCUCCAGGCCCUGCCUCCUCCCUGUCUUGUGGCUCUGACUCAGCCCCCUGUAAGUCCCCCUGCAUCUGGGGGGUUCUGAUGAGAUAAUGACAGGUCCCCAUCCGGGGGGGGUGACACAGCGCCGCUCGCUCCUGCUGUGACUGCAUGUGAUGUUGGAGGGCUGCAGGCACGGGCAGCAUCUCAGGGCCACCCCUCAGCUCUGCGCUAGGGGUGGGAUAUCUAUCACAGAGUGCAUCCUUGCCGCAUGCUCCCUCAUCACACUAGGGCCUGGCUACGCUCCCUGCCCUGCUGAGCUUUGCGCCAGUGCUGCGCAGCAGCCAUCUUCCCCGCGCAUCCCUUCCCCCUCCUCCCACAGCAGGAGGGAUGCUGGGGAUGCUACGGCCCCCCCCCCCCCCCCUCCCCGGCUCCGGGGAUAGGCACGGGACCUCCAUAGCUCCCACCCCGCCGGGUGGUGCUCCCCAUUGCUCCCCUCUGCCUGACGAGGGCUGCGCAGUGCCAGCCGGGGGGAGACGGAGGCUGCGGUGAUGCCACCGCCGAUGCCCCCGCCUCCACGCUCGGGUACCGGGGGGGGCACGCAGGCUGCGGAGCUGGGAGGAGAACAGCAGUGCCACGGUGAGGACGGGUACCCUGGGGGCUCCCCGUUCUCUUUUCCCCCUCCCCUCUGCAUCCAUCCUCCCCCCUCCCUCUUCCCCUCCAUCACCGCGGUCACCUUCACCCUCUCGCUGUUUUCCGGAACUGCAGCAACUUUCUGCCAUGUGAUCCCGUGCCCGGCUCCAACCCUCGCCGCCCCCAGGCAGGCGCAGAGCCCCCCACCCGCCGCCGCUGCCAUGGGCGAGAGAUGUGACUACCAGCGCCUGAGCAGCGCCGAGGAGGAGGAGGAGAUGCUGCCCGCCCUGCCCCACAGCCUGUCGGACAGCAGCGGACUGCGAGCCCCACGGAUGGGCAGCAGUCGCCCGGGGCUGCCUCCCCAGCAGGACGUCACUCUGGGCAUGGCGUGCCGGCGGGUCAGUGCGGGGGAAGAUGGGGGGACGGUGGCACGGCCCCCAUGGCGUCCCCAGGGUGCUUGUGGGUUCGAGGCUGGCAUGGCGUAGGGGUCUCACGGUGAUGCCCCCUUGCAUGGCAUCUCCCCAUGAAUUGGCAUGGGGACAGCAGCCAAACUGCGUGGCUGCACUCCUUCUCUGAUGCGUGGAGAAACUGAGGCGCAGUGCAUGGGGGUGGGGGAGGAAUUGUAUUACUGGGGGACGGUGCUGGGAUGUGGACCCAGGUGUUCUCACACAGGCGUGCACUGUCCCCUCUUGGUGGCACGGUGUGAGCCUGGCUCAGCUGGCGCUGGCACGGCGUUGGGCACAGAGGGGCUACCGCAGGAUGGGCACGGUGCCCAGCACAGGUGGCUGGCAGCCACGCAGAUGGCCAUCUGCAGCGGCAUGGACCCGUGUCCCCUUCCUGGGGUCACCCUGCGCAAAUCGGGGCUGUUCCUUCCCCCCCCCCCCCCCCUC